AUGUGUGGGUUGUUGGUUGGUCGUCUUCCCUCAGCCGCUCGCUCGUUUCUCUCUCUACAACCCACGGACAAGGAAAAAAGGGCCGCCGUCGUCGUCGGUAGGUCCCCCAAUCCAGUGACUCAGGGCAGGGCAGGCCAGGUCAGGUCAGGUCAGGUGGUGAUGGCGUCCAGCCUCGCCGCCGCCCCUUCUCCGGCUCCGGCCCCGGUCAGGUUGGGCUGCUCCCUCCAGCUCCACCUCCUCCUCCGCCGCCCCGCCCUACUUGUCUUUCCCAAAGUCGGACGCCCCCACCUCCGACUCCGACUCAGAGCCCAAGCCUCCCCUUCCCCCUCUCCUGAAGCCGAAGCCGGCGACUCCUUCGCCGGCUGGUCGGACAAGCAGGAUGCUGAUUCUGAUUCAGGAGGCCUUGUUGGACCUGCCCUUGCUGGCCUCCUCUUCCUCGCCGGCAUCACAUUCGCCGCUAUCUCACUCAGACCCACAGGAUCAAAGGCACCCAUCCAAACCUUUUUGCCCACACACACCGAGACAAAGGCUGAUACUACUCCUGAACAACAACAACAAGACGACGACGACGACGCUGCUGCUGCUGCUCAGGCUUUGUCACCAGCCGAUGAUAUCCUGGAUGCCACCAGUGAGGCAACACCGUUGCCUAAUAAUCUACAAACACACGAGACAAUACCCGAGGCCGAGGGAGCAGCUCAACAUGCCAUGGACAACAACUACCAAUUGGAUCUGGAUCGCAGCAGCAGUGACCUAGAUCCGACAACUCAUAAAUACAUUGCUUCACAAGAUGACACUCAAACUCCUCCUGUGUCUCAUUCACCUCAAUCUUUGCUCCCUGCUUAUGAUCCAACCUCUCAGGAGGCAACUCCUGACCCACAGGCUGAGGCAUUGUUAUUGGACUCUCAACCCAGUUUGCCAGAAAACCAGGAUACUUUCACUUCAGAUAUUAUGGUGCUGGAAUCUGGUGAUGUUGUGCAAAUAUCCGACACUCUGGCUGAGCCUACACAUUUACAAGACACUGAGCAGAAUACUCAACUUUCAACUCAAGAUGGAAUUUCUUCUGCAUCCACUUUUCCUGAUUAUGUACCAUAUGGAAGCACUGACCAGAUGCUUCCAUCGGGCUCAAAUGACUUACCCACUCAAGAUGCUAACCCAGCAAAGGCGAUACAAGACCCAGCAUCAGACCAGGAUGAAGGCCAAAAUGAGUCAGAUAACCAAAAUGAACUGUUCAAGCCUGCAGCACCUGCCACAUCUUUCUCUUCCGGAAUUCCUGCCCCCUCUCUGCUCUCUGCAGCCUUACAGGUGCCUGCUGGCCAGAUUGUGGUUCCAGCGGCAGUUGACCCUACCCAGGGAAAUGCAUUGGCCGCGCUGCAAGUUCUAAAGGUGAUUGAGCCUGACGCUCGAGCUGGUGAUUUGUGUACCCGACGUGAAUACGCUCGAUGGUUGGUAGUUGCAAGCAAUGCCCUUUCGAGGAACACUUACUCAAAAGUUUAUCCAGCAAUGUACAUUGAUAACGUGUCUGAACUUGCAUUUGAUGACGUCACCACUGAAGAUCCUGAUUUUCCAUUUAUACAAGGAUUGGCAGAAGCAGGGUUAAUUUCUAGCAAGCUCUCAAGAUCCGAUAUGGACGUUGCUGAAAACGUUGAGAACAACCAUUACUUUUUCUCCGCGGAUAGUCCCUUGUCACGUCAAGACCUUGUGAGUUGGAAGAUGGCUUUGGAUAAAAGGCAACUACCUGAAGUUGACAAAAACUCUUUGUACAAGACAUCCGGCUACAUAGACAUUGAUAAAAUUGACACAGCUGCAUGGCCUGCAUUGGUAGCUGACUUGGGUGCUGGAGACCAGAGCAUCACAGCUCUUGCAUUCGGUUUUACAAGGCUUUUCCAGCCAGACAAACCUGUGACAAAAGGACAAGCUGCCCUAGCACUUUCAACUGGUGACUAUGCUGAAGUGGUUAUGGAGGAGCUUGCUCGUAUUGAAGCAGAUAAAAUAGCUGAAGCGGCUGUGAAUGCUCAUGGUGCAUUGGUAGCUGAGGUUGAGAAACAAAUCAAUUCAAGUUUUGAAAGAGAGCUUACGAGGGAAAGAGAAAAAAUUGAGACCCUUGAAAAACUGGCUGAAGAAGCUAGGUUUGAAUUGGACAAGUUGAGAGCAGAAAGAGAGGAAGAAAAGAAUGCUCUGCUUAGGGGCAGAGCUACCGUUGAAUCCGAAAUACAAGUUCUUUCAAAGUUGAGGUGUGAAGUAGAGGAGCAGCUGCAGAAUGUGCUGAGCAAGAAGGUUGAGAUCAACUUUGAGAAGAACAGAAUUGAGAAACUUCAAAAGGAAAUUGAAAAUGAAAACCAGGCUGCUGUGCAACUUCAGUAUGAGCUUGAAGUUGAAAGGAAGGCUUUGUCUAUGGCCAGGGCUUGGGCAGAGGAUGAAGCAAAGAAGGCCAGGGAGCAUGCUCGCGCCCUUGAGGAGGCCCGGAACCAGUGGGAGCGGCAGGGAAUCAAAGUUGUCGUCGAGGCAGGGCUUGAGGAGGAUGCAUCGGCCGGGGUGACAUGGGCUAAUGCUGGCAAAGAACACCCAGUUGACGAGGCAAUCAACCGGGCGGAGUCGUUGCUGGAGAAGCUCAAGUCGUUUGGUGGUGAGAUGAAAGUCCGAUCCAGCCAUGCCCUGGAGAGAGUAAUGCAGUACGUGAGGUCCUUGAUCUCAAGCCUAAAGCAGCGAGCGGCGGAAGCAAGGCAAGGGUGCGCAGAUCUUGGGGCUGCUGCAGCCUCAAAGGCAAAGAAUGUGUCAUCAGAAGCCAAGGCGUUUGGUUCAAGCGUCGGGGACAGGUCGAAGAAGGUAGCGGAGGAGUGCAAAGAUGGUCUGGACAAGUUUGUGCACAGAUUCAAGGCAGACUAG